GAGGGAGUCUGUCUCUCCAUCCCUCCCUCUGUCCGUCUCCCAGGGUGGGGGCCAGGAGGGAGCAGGGCACCCCCGGGAGAUACCCCCUGGCAGCGUCUCAUGGCACUCACAUGCUUGUCUCAUCUGGCCGCAGGGGCACGAGGGGAGAGGGGCGAUGUCGUGCGGACCAGGGAUGUGGGGCACCCUGUCCCCACACUGACGAGAGAUUCCGGACAGACGGUGCUGCGCCCGUGAAGAAGAGCUUCUUCAUCCACGCGGAAAAAGGCUGGGAGAGCCCGCUGUUCGACCCGCUUGGGACUCCUCUUCUGGGACAGGAGCUGCGUUACGCGGAUGAAGAGGAGAUCCUGCCCAAAAUGAACAUGUAACAAAGCCCUGAACUGCUUCAGGAACGGUAUUUCCAAAAGCGAAGCGACAGAACUGGGCGGUCAUCAACACGCAGGCGACUGCAGUCCCGGUGGGGUCUGCCCUGCAGGGGAGGCAGAUGCGCAGAACGAAUCUGGAAGGAACUUUUAAUCGCUGCGUUCUCUCCUAAGAGAGAGUUGAGCCAAGCUCAACUUGGCUUUUUGGACUCUGCUUUCUAAAUCCAGGCAUUCAAAGGUUAAGAUGUGUUAAACCAGUAUUAACCUAUUAAGGGUGUCCAGAAAGAUACCAGCGACUUUACCAAGUUGCUGUUUACAGUGUGAUGACAGUGACAGCCGUAGGCAGACUUGAAAACCUGUCUAAUUAAAGAAGUUGAUAUCAGAAAGCAGCAGGGUAAGAGCACAUAUUUAUGUGUGGGUUUGUUAGGGAGUACUGGAUACCAUGGCAGAGACUUCAGUAGUAGAUCCCUCGCCUUUACCUGUCAUAAGGAAAAAGAAAAGCUUAUCCAUUGAGGAAAAAAUUGACAUAAUAAGUGCAGUGGAAAGUGGCAAGAAAAAGGCAGACAUUGCAGCCAAGUACGGCAUAAAGAAGAAUUCGCUGUCUUCAAUUAUGAAGAAUAAAGACAAGGUUCUAGAAGCCUUUGAGUCCUUACGAUUUGAUCCAAAAAGGAAAAGAUUAAGAACUGCUUUUUAUACAGAUCUGGAAGAGGCGUUAAUGAAGUGGUACAGAAUUGCUCAGUGCUUAAACAUACCAGUAAAUGGUCCAAUGCUGCGUCUCAAAGCUAAUGACUUUGCCCAGAAACUUGGACAUAGUGAUUUCAAGUGUAGUAAUGGCUGGCUUGAUCGUUUUAAAUCAAGAUAUGGUUUAGUAUUCAGAUCUCAGCCUGUAGAAACUGGUGCUGCCACCACAGCGGAUACUUCAGCUGUUUGGUACCAAAAUGUGCUUCCUUAUUAUUUAAAUGAUUACCAGCCCAAAAAUGUGUUUAAUGUAAAGGAGACUGGGUUGUUCUAUCGCAUGUUGCCUAAUAACACUUUUGCAUUUAAAGGGGAGACCUGUACUGUUGGAAAACUAAGCAAAGAGAGAAUAACGGUGGUUGUUGGUACAAAUAUGGAUGGCACAGAGAAACUUCCUUUGCUUGUUAUUGGGAAAAAUAAAAAUCCUCACUGCUUUAAAGAUGUGAAGUCGCUGCCUGUAGAUUACGAGGCAAAUGAUAUGGCAUGGAUGACUUCAGAAGUAUUUGAACAAUGGAUGCAUAAACUUGAUAAGAGGUUUCAAGCCCAGCAGAGGCGAGUAGUAAUUUUUAUUGGCUCUUUCCCAGCUCAUCCAGAGGUAAAGAAUCUGAAGUCUGUUGAACUGGUAUUCUUUCCUUCAGACUCAUCUUCCAAAUUCAUAGCUAUGAAACAGGGAGUAAUCAAAAGUCUGAAAGUCAAAUACAGACAUCGCCUUAUCAAAAGAUUUGUAGACUGCGUAGAAAGUAGUAAAGAGUUUACAUUGACUUUGCUCGAUGCGGUUGAUAUGUUGCAUCUCUGUUGGAGGAAUGUAACUGCAAAGACUAUUGUUAAAAGUUAUAAAGAAGCAGGCUUCAAGUCACAAUCUGUGGAGAAUGUUAACAUGGAAACAGAGGUUGAAAAUGAUUUAGAUUUGAUUGCACACGCAUUGGCAGCUGGAGUAGAGUUUCCUGAAGGUUUGUCUUUGGAAGAAUACGCAGCUCUGGAUGAUGAUCUGGUAACAUGUGAAAUGCCCACAAAUAGUGAAAUUAUAUGGGCCAAAGAAAGCACUUCAAAUAAAAUUUGUUUGUCUGUUUCUGAUGAUGAUGAUGAAGGUGAUGGUUCACCAGGAACUGAACAGCCUUUGCCAUCAAAAAAUGAGGCUCUGACUGCCUUAGAUACUCUAAGAAGAUAUCUCAGAAGUCAAGACUUGAAUGAUUCUCUUCAUAAUUCCCUAGCAGACCUAGAGAAUUUUAUUCAACAUGUAGCAUCUAAAUGAGGGGGGGGGAGUGUGCUUUAACGUUUGGUAAAAUAGCUACUUAACCAAUUAAAAGCCAGGUAAUUUGUAGCAAGUGUUGCUGCAAGAUUCUCUGGUUGGUCUUAACAGAAAUGCCAGAUAUAAUUUAAAAAUUUAGAGUAAUCAACAAACAAGGCUGUCACCUGAGCUCUUCCAAGGAUUAUGGAAUGAGAAAGUAAAAUGGGUGAGUAUUAAGAUGGAGAUUCUACCUUAGUAGCUGUGGUAGGCACAGGAGAAGUAAAAAUGAUUAUUCACCUAAUAAAUGUAAACAGAUUAAAAUUAUACUCUUUGUU